AUGUCAAAUUCAACUAUAUCUGCAAUGAUGAUGAUGGUAGGUGAUAUGUCAUCACUCAACUCACUACCAUCGUUCAACAAUCAUCAUAUCGAUGAUCUUGGUCUUGACGACGAUACCUUUCACUCAUCGGUCUUUGAAAUAUACAUACCGGAGCAAUACGAUAGUCAACUAUGGAACAACUAUGAAUAUCUAAAUAAGAAUGCAAAUAAAUUUAUAGAUUGUACAUCAAGAAACUAUUUAAUACAAGGUGAAUUACUUAGAUUCUUUAUUAUUGCAAGACCACCUGCAGUUGUAAAAGCAAGAGCAUUGAGUCAGAGUCAAGCAGAGAGACCGAUGAAUCUAUCACAAAAUCUGAAACCCAUUGCAGAAGUACCGAAUAUAAUAACUACGGAUACCGAUACACCGGUGGUAUCACCUACACUAAAGUCACCUAAUGGUCAAGAACCACUCUCUAUUCUACCACCACUACCAUCAUCGUCACAGAAUCUAUCGUUUGAAAUUCAUAUGAAAUACUCACCACCAGAUGCCAAAUAUAGUACUACCUUAGAUCAAAAUUCAGUGAAUAUUACAGAAUAUAAUCCAAAACAUUCAUAUGUUGAUACGGAAUUAAAGAAUGAUUAUAUAUCAUCUUCUAAAUCAUCUACUUCCUAUUUAAGAGCGAAUAACAAUAAUAAUAAUAAUAAUAUUAAUCAACAACAGCAACAACAAUUAAAUGAUAAGAGAUUCAUAGGUGGAAUCAUCGAUGUCUCUACACCGUUCGAUACCUACAUUCCAAACAGAGAUACAGUCAACCAGAAACCAAAUUACUUUAGAUUAUCAAAUGGUGAUAUUGUAUUCCCAAUUGAAAUACCAAUAUUUAAUAGAUCAAAGAAUUAUAAACAGUUACUUUCUACUGGAAACAAGUUGGAUCGAUUGUUGAUGAAUGAAACACUGGCUGUCACUCCGAGUAGCAAGGUACGUCCACUACGUAAUUUCUUUAAGCAAUUCACAUUGGUGCAACCACUCAAGUUGAGUAUACUGCCAAAUAUCGUUCCACUUGACAACAGUCAUCUCGUGAGUGUAGUCGUUGAGAAUACACAUCCUUCACUCACCGUUAAACUCUCCGAUGUAAAUAUCUACUUGUUCCACGUGUUGUCGAUGGAGUCAUUCCUGAACGUCGACAACCCCAACCAGAACAACCCACCGGUACCAGUUCACCGACAGAUAGGUCAACUUGUUAAAGCUGCCAAUCAUUAUAUAGGUAGACCAAUUGAUUUUACAGGUGACAACGAUGACGAUGAACAUAGUAGUAGUAAUACGGUUGAAUUAUCAGCUGGUUCACAACACACUUUUGUACUAAAAGUAUCGCCACUCUCGCUACAACAACAAUUGAUUCCUCUCGAUGGAUUCUACACAAAGAUAAAGCUGGCGUGGAGUAUUACAACUACUUCCGGUCAUAUAUUGUCGUUGUACGACUUGAAGGUGCCGCCACCUUCAACCUCUGAGAUCAUGGUCGACCUCGAGAGUCCGUCGCCAGUGCGCAUCUCACAGCGAUUCCAAGUCGCCAUAAAGAUCACCAACCUCGGUGCCAAGUCGAAACAACUAACCAUCACCAUUCCAGCUCCACAGAGAAUAACAAGAGCUACACCACCGCCACAAUUCGCACCACCACCUCCACCCAAACUCUCUGGAAUAUCAGUACAACAACAGCAACAAACAACUCAACCACAACAACAACAACAAUCACCACCAACAACUCAACAACAACAAAAUGGAAAGAAAACAACAACAACAACAUCAUCAACAACAUCAGCAAUUUCAUCAAGUCAAUCACUUUCAAAACAAUCUUCUAUAAACGAUCUUAAACAAUCAUCUAUUUCCAGUUCAACAACAAAGAUAACACCAUCGAUUGGAAUGUCGAAAUACAUACCGAUUGGCUCCCAUAUACAAUUCAAUGAGAUGACAACUAAAUCAUUGGCAUCAUUCGAUGAUACUCAAAGAAAUUCCGCCAAUCUAAUAUGUUUAGAGAAAUCAAUUUAUGUUGGUGAUAUAGAUUCAAAGAAUUCAGUUUGUAUAUUUGUAGAUUUCAUUGCAUUUAGAACAGGAAUUUUAACAACAAAUGACAACUCAAAUACACAAGUUGAUAAUAAAUAUAAAGUGAGCAACUCUGGUGGUAAUAAUAAUAAUAAUAAUAAUAAUAAUAAUGACGACGAUACCAGUACCUUUAGUUUAAGUGGGUUCGACGAUGAAGAACAAAAACACAGUGCUGUCACUUUAAAAAGAAAAAAUGAGUUUGAUUCUUCAUCUUCACCUUAUGGUACUGGUAUAUUAAAGAAACAGAAUAAUAAUGGUGAUAAUAAUACAAAAACAACAACAAUGAAUGAUUCUUCUUUUAAUUUGGAUUUCGAUGAUGAUUUCAAUGGUGGCGGUAGCGGUGGUGGUCCUGUAGAUGUUGAUUUGGAUGCACAACGACAAGAGCUAUUGGAUCAAGAAUAUGGAUUUAAUAACAAAAAAACGACAACUACCACAACAACAACUACUGGUGGUGGUGGUAUACCUGAAUUCAUUUGGCAGUGGAAAACUGAUAAUGGAUCAUACGUUGACUACGACUUGGAAAUGUGUAAAAAGAUUGAAGAUCAUAGAAAGAAGACGAGUACCGACUUCAAAGUUGACAAAGAACGUUACAUUGACUUUGGUAGAAUGAUACAGAGACGUUACGAUGCUCCACAGAAAUGUCGUGAAAUCAAGAAAGUUCCAUACUCACAAUCAAACUACGCUGCCAAACAAAACAAGAAACCAACAACACCAACCACAACAACAUCCAAUACAUCGUCGUCAAAACCAACAACUAGUUCAAACUCAACAUCAUCAACUUUUGGUUUUAAAUCUACAAAUUCAUCAAGCUCCAACAACAAUAAUAGUAACAAUACAACAUCAAAUACUACUUCUUCACCAAAGAUGACAUCAUCAUCAUCGUCAUCAACUCCACCAUCGACUGCCAAUACUUUGUCCACUGGAAAUACAAGUAGACCAACUACACCUAGCACCUCUGCUGUUUGGAGUUGGAAGAGUGACAGUGGAUGGGCUAUCUACGAUGAAGCAACCAUGAAGCAGAUCGAGGACAGCUACGUUCAGGGUAAGAAGAGAUUUCAAGUCGACGAUGACAGAUACAUCGAUUUCGAGUACAAUGCACAGAGAAGAUACGAUGAUCCAAGUAAGAUGAGACCUGUCAGAAGAGAAGAUAAACUAGCAAAUAAUAAUAGUAGCAGUAGUGGCAGCAGUGGAACAAGUACACCACCACCAUCCGUUAAACCAAUUAAAAUAGCGACAACUCCAACAACUCCAACAAAAGCAACAGGAACUUCAUCAUCCUCAUCCAACUCCAAUUCCAACGCAAGUUCAAAUUAUAAUACCAGUUCAAAUUUCAACAGUUCAAAUUCCAAUUCCGGCAACUCUGGAAAUUCAUUGUAUUUCAAAAAAACAAAUAAUUCAACAUCAUCUUCUUCCUCUUCUUCCUCAUCAUCUUCAAAGACAAGAGAUGUAGAUUCAGUUCAAGCAAAAGGAAUGGGAAAGUGGAAAUGGUCAGCUGACGAUGGUCAAUGGCAUGAUUAUACUGCCGAUAUCAAUGAGUUGAUUGAAUCUGCCUAUGUUAAUGCACCACCUGUCAACGAGCAAAUCGUUACUAUUCGUGGUGAGAAGAAGAUCAUUGAUUUCAUUGCAUUCGUUCAGAGAAGAUUCGACGAUCGUGACAAACGUAGACCCAUCAAGAGAGUUGUCGAUGCCAGUGCAGGACCAGCACCCUCCAAACCAAAGACUACAUCAGCACCACAAACCAACUUUCCAAAGUACAACAACAAUGAGGAAAGCGAUUUCUUUGAUCUCACAGAUUCCAACUACGACGACAAUGAGAAUGUGGACAUUGACGACCCAGACUUUUUGAAAAAGAAAAGAAAGCUAUAUGCGUGUGGCGAUCAAUAUGUUGUGCUCAAUGAUAUUCAAACUUGGUAUCAGUUUAUCGAAGAGAAGCGUGCCAAGUUUAAAAAGUUUUCUACCACUGCAUUCCCCGCCAAUGCCAAAAUGAACAAGAAAAUCUCAUUGUAUGGCGGUGAUAUCACUGCGCUGGAGAUCGAUGCCAUUGUUAAUGCCGCGCGAUCCAGUUUGUUGGGUGGUGGUGGAAUCGAUGGUGCCAUUCACAAAGCCGCUGGCUAUGGAUUACUGAACGAGUGUAAGACACUGGGCGGUUGCCGUGUCGGUCAGUCCAAGAUUACCAAGGGCUACAAGUUGCCGGCAAAGUAUGUCAUCCACACGGUUGGACCGAUGGACGAGAAUGCCGAUGCACUCCUAUCGUGCUACACCACCACACUCGAUCUGAUAACUCAACACAAGAUCCGCUCAGUUGCGAUGUGUUGUGUUGCCACCGGUGUCUACGGAUUCCCAAAUGACAAAGCCGCUCAGAUUGCCAUCCGUAGCGUUAGAGAAUGGCUAGAAAUUCAUGGUGACUCUAUCGAUAGAAUUAUAUUUUGUGUAUUUACAAAGGAGGAUUAUACAAUCUAUGGUAAACUACUUCAAUCCUUUUUCCCUGUUCAUCCAGAAAAUGAAUAA